AUGCACAAGACAGACCCAACAUCGACAUGGAACAUCAAUUAUUUAUCCACUGUGAAUCAUACCUCAGAUGAGGUGGACAGAUCAUGCCAGAAGGUGCAGUUCCAGCAGGUAUUUGCAUCGCGCAAGGGCUCCCACUACAUACAGAUCCAGACUAAGGAGACUACUGAGCACACCGGCACGCCAGACCAGAACAGAGCCAGCCAGGUCAUUGAUGAGCUGGAGCGGUUUUACCAGGAACAGCAACGGCAGACCAGCAAUGUCAUCCAGGCCGGGGAGCACGAUGAAGCCAAUCCAUGGCUGCGGCGGACCAGAUGGCCGGUGUACUUGACCAACAUCGCACCCAAUGAUCUGGUCAACUGCGUCCAGCGGCCCGACGAUGACACCACGUGCCCAGAUGAACUGGCCGCGAGGGCCAUCUGGGAGGCCAUGGGUCAGGUUGCCCGUACCAGCCAGCGAGUCAUCACACGGCUGGGUCACUUCGUCCGCAUCGAGGCCAUCCGCACAGAGCGACACCAGACCCGGCACACCCCGUUGCAGGCAUACAUGGACGAGGAGAGCAUCGCCGAGCACGUGAGGCCAUGGCAGCAGAUGUUGAUGUUUUUCGCCCGAACGCAGGUCGAGCAUGAAUGGACGAGCCCACAGUACCGGUUCACACCACGGCAGCGCAAGACAUGGAGGGUAUUAUGGCAGGUAGCCACCACAGAGGGAGCCGACCAGCGACACCCCAUCAGCCCAGACCCCAUGGAUGAGCAGAUGACUGAGGAAGAAGAAGAGGAGGAGGAGAAGGGACAGAGAGAUACCCAGCCAGAAGAAGAAGAUAAGUUCAAAUUAACCAAGAUGCAGAUGGCAUGUUUGGAUUUUUGCAUUGAGCUGCUGAACCAGCGGGUUCAGGUGGAGGAUUAUGAGUGCGCGCUGGUAGACGCGUUGGCGGUGCUGGGACGGGGGGAGUAUGGAUGGUGCGACGCGGAGAGCUACCCACCAAUGUUGUCACGGAUCAUCAAGGUGGCACGGUUCAUGGUGGUGCACAAGGCGCUGCGACUGGACGCCAAUGCAUCCGACAUGCUGGCCAGGAACCAAGCAAGCCAGAUGGUGGGAGAGUGGGCCGUGGUGAGCCCCAUGGAGGAGGCGGAUUACACGUUCACAGGCAACCAGAAUGAAGGCAACACCACACCCGGCCACGUCGGCUGGAUGGGAGGGGAUGAGCUGCUGUACAAGGACAUGCACUUCACCAUGGGCGACUUCCGGGGCUUCACACACGGGCUGGUGGGAGCGACGAGGCGGAUCCUGCGGGAGGAGUUGUUGUUUGAGAAUGAGCUGAAUGGACAGCAGCCACCAGCCAUCCCAUGGUCCACGAUGCGGGAUGACCCCACCCAGGGAGGGACGGGGUGGAAUUUUUUAAAGGACAGCCGCACGCGGUGGCCGGUGGAUGGGGCACAGUGGUUGAUGCAGCAGAUGCGCAUACAGCCCGGGAUGCAGCGGCGGUUCAUCCAGCGAGAGCACAGCGACCGGCCCCGUUUGGCAAUCAAGGCGAUCAACGCAUACCUGCGCUGGGUGGUGAGAUUCCGGGAGAAGCUGAGCGUGGCGGUGCAUGUCACGGCGGGCCAACCGGCACGGGCGCCCGAGCUGCUCAGCGUCCGACACAUCAACACCGAGAACGGGGGCCACCGCAACAUAUUCAUAGAGGAUGGGAUGGUGGUGUUCGUCACGCGGUACCACAAGGGGUUUCAUGCAUCCAACGACAUCAAGGUGAUCCACCGGUAUCUGCCAAGGGAGGUCGGGGAACUGGUGGUGUGGUAUUUAUGGCUGGUGCUCCCAUUCGCCCAGCGGCUGCAGGAGUAUCGACGACGGAUCCGAGAGGAAGAGGGAAAUCCAGAAGAGGAGAACGCCAACCAACGGGGGGCAUACAUGUGGGGAGGAGACCCCGACGGGCGGGCCUGGACGUCCGAGCGUUUCCGGGAGGUGUUGAAACGGGAGACCCGCAUCGGGCUACAUGCAGGAAGAGGAGGAGCAGGUGGCCGGCACCACUAG